GCCGUUUCGUUAGUAUACGCUGCUGUCGUGGGUUCGAGCGAGAAAAUCGUAUACAUUAUACAGGGCGCUUUUCACGCGAGUCAGUCAGUCAGUCGAUCGGUCUACCUCGGACCCACAAUAGUUCGGAGACGGAAGUCAUGUAGCGCGGCGGCGCGGUGGCGGCACCGGCGUUGGCGGCGACGGCGGCGGCGACGGCAGCGGGUGCACGCCAAGAGGUUACACUACACCUCAGUUUCGGUCGGCUUUGCAUCGCCAACGGUCGUCGGUCGCGAGGACUUUGGCACCGAAACGCGCUCGUCAAGAGUCGUACAUUAUGGUACGUACCGCCGAUGUGCGCGCGGCGUGAUACGCCCCCGUUUUUUGGUCGGGGGGGUUGAUAUCUGGAGAUCAGAAACGAGCACGCACGCACGCGAACCUUUGCCACCGUCGCCACUGACGUCGAGGACACAGCAGCCAUUCCCGGGACCGGCAGUAGCGUCCAUCGAAACGAAACGAUAAUAUUAUUAUGAAAUCACUACUACUUACGUGGUCACCGAUUUUGUACCUGUACGAGUUGUUGUGCGCGUAAGGCCGGCGGCUCGACUUUAAAGGCAGUUGUGUGCGUGCGUGUGCGAGCAGAUCGCAAUCCGUGCCACAUUAUAUCUCUGCAGAUUUAAAAUAAUAUUAUGAUCAUUUCGUUUUCGAGUCCGAACGUUUAACGAGGCAGUACCACCUAUACACAGGUACGAAGACUGCGAUACACGUGCGUUUAACUCUCGGCACGUGCAGCUAUUAUUACUAUCGGUGUUCCGAUGGGGUGGACGUUACAACAGCCCAGGUCCCGUCAUUUGUUAUUGCUAUUCAUAACGUUCGCGUCAUGCAUCACGGUCGUGUUCAUCUCCAAGUCAGAUACCAGAGAUUUAUACGAUCACAGUUCGGUGACGUAUAAGAUGGCGGAAAUGGAAAUGCGCGUGGAUCACUUAACCAGAUUGUAUGAGCUGAAAGACAAAGACGUCCAGGAACUAAUAAAGCAUUUCAGCUCUGUUCUCAAAACGAUCGUGAAGUCACUGAACGUUUCCGUUUCUGAGGACAUUGAAUCAUUAAUGGCUGCUUACAACAAGUCCGUGGAAAUGGUCAGGUCACCGAUGGCACAUUUCGACGUGUACACAUUCCUACCCCAUCUGCGGUCCCACGAGAAUUAUUUAAGGCCUUUGAUAUUACAUUCCGGAGGCAGAAAUGCAGUGUCAAUGGUGUUUGGAGUUCCUACUGUUCGUCGCCAACAACAGACUUACUUGAUACAGACAUUGAUUAACAUAAUAAGCAACAUGAAUCAAACUGAACAGAAAGAUUCGUUAAUAGUAGUGAUGAUUGGCGAAAUCGAUCAAGAAUACACGCAACAAGUUACUGCGGAAAUCAGAAAUAGGCUACCGGAAGCAGUGAACUCGGGUCUCAUAGACAUAAUUGCUCCGUCCCCGGAAUACUAUCCAGAUUUCAGCAAGCUUCGCAUUACACUCGGCGACUCCGAAGACCGAGUCCGCUGGAGGAGCAAACAAAAUUUAGAUUAUGUUUUCUUAAUGAUGUACUGCCAACCGAAAGGAUCGUUUUAUGUCCAACUGGAAGACGAUGUAGUCGCCAAGCCGCAAUUCCACACUAUUAUGAAAAAAACGGCUUUGCAGAGGAUAGCCGAAGGACAAGAGUGGUUCAUACUAGACUUCUGUCGACUAGGUUUUAUCGGCAAGAUGAUGAGAUGUUCAGAUUUACCGUGGCUGAUACAAUUCAUCGUGAUGUUUUAUAACGAUAAGCCGGGGGACUGGCUUCUAGACGGAAUGAUGGAGACAAAAGCUUGUAAUCUUGAAAAAGAUCUUAGAGAUUGUCGAAAACGAAAAGACGAAAUAUGGGUGACAUUCAGACCGUCUCUUUUUCAACAUAUUGGAACCAGGUCAUCUUUGAAUGGCAAAAUUCAACUGUUGAAGGAUAGUCUUUUCAAGAAAAGCGUCAACGUAAAACGCAUCAAUAAAAUGAGAGGAAAAUGACCUAUGGCAAAGUACAGGUUACCUGUAGCGAAAAUCAAAAAAGAUUUCAUCAAACGAUGAUGAUAUUAAAAUAACAAUGAAUCGUCUGUGAUUGCUCGAGUGAAAUAAUUUAUUAAUAAUAUUUAAGCACGGCUAUUAUAUUAUUUGUAUUGUUUGAAAGUUCAAAUUAAAACGUUGUAUGUAAAACAAUAUAGUAAGUCAAUAUGAAAAUAACACCUAUAAUUGCUGGUUAUUUUCAUAUCAUUGAACAUUAGGUAUAAUUAUUGAUUUAUGUUUGUUAUUCAUGCAAAAUACACACCUGCGUAUUGCAUUUAUUUCCACUCAAUUUACGCCAAAAAUAAACAAUGACAUAUUGACAUCUGAAAUAAAAACAUUUUACAAAAAUAUAAAAUAUGUACAAUAUUUAUAGGAAAACAAAUUAAAACAAAAAUUACACAAUUAUUCAGGGUUAAUUUAAGGGACCUAAUUAUUCUAGUGUUUAAUUUUUAAUUAAAUUCGUACAUCAUAAUAGCUGAUAUAUUAUAUGUACAUAGAAUUAUAGAAAUAAUAAAAUGUAUCACUUUUAAAAUGUUUUUCUAUUUAAUUAAAAUACGUAUGUGCCCAAGUGAUAUCGUUAUUUUGUAGAAUAUGAACUAUUUAUAGAUAAUUAAAAAAGAAAAUUUAAACUACCUAGGUAUACGUUAAAUUAUUAAAAAUGUACUUAUUAAAAUGUAUAGGUAUCUAUACUAAAAAUGUAAGUUUAUGAUAUUACUUAUAGGUAGUUAAGUUGUUGAAAUUCUUAAAUCAUCAUAAUGUAAAUAACUUGUGCUAAUAAUAUUAUCACAAUGUUAAGGUAUAGUAUAAUAUAAUAAAUAGUAAAAUAUUAUGAUCUUAGUUAAGUUAAUGUGUUAUAAAUGAAAAUCAUAACGAAUGUUAGAAACAAAACGUUAAAAAAAUUCAGAAAUUCUGAUGAUACUCGGUAGAAAAGAGGUAAUACACGGUUCAUAUACAUCACACUGACACAAAAUGAACCUUUAAUAUAUUAUUAAAAAUUCGAUUUGCUUAAAUACUUGUAAAGUAUUAAUUGAUGGUACUACUUUAAAUAAUAGUACAUUUCCAUUGAUAAAUUAUUAUAUUGUAAACGGGUAUAUAUUAUUAUGAGUGUAUAUUGUAUUAUUGUACAACAUAUAUGAUACUUAUAUUUACCUAAGUAUUUAUAAGCUAAUGUUAUUAAAUAUAUAUUACUGUUUUGUAAAAAAGUUGUUGAUUUCAUGAUAACCAUAAAUAAAGGAGUAUACAAAAAAACAA